CAUAAAAAGAUCAGAUUCACAGGAUGCUGGAGUGGGCGAUCCUAAUUAAUAAAUAUGGUAGUCCUGUGGGGCUGAAUAUCCCAGAAACACCCAUACAAUCUUAGCCAUUUGCGCUAUUGGAUAUGAAGAACGGAUUUCGUCUAAAAUACGAUCUAUAAACUGCAUGUUCUCUAUCCUCUGUUGCCCGUGCGCAGUGAGAGGAGCAUCACCACAUCGCAUGAUCGCUGAAAGCGGAGCAGCGGCGCGUCUUUUCUCACAGGCGUUGAUUUUGCAUGAGUGAGAGACUGCGCGAGCGAGCGAGCGAGAGGGUAAGAGACAAGGGAAGAAAGAACAUGCAGGUGGCGUUUGGCUGUCACAGCCUAUCGCAAAAUCUAAAUAGUCAGAUAUUCGACCGUUGUAUUUUACUAUGAGGAGGGUAUGCUGGACACAACAGGGAAGAGAAAUUCCCUCAACAGAAGACCCAUCAAUAAAAUAGCACGCGCCCCAUCUGAAAGUACCUAAAUAAGCUCGCGCGAAGCGAGAAAACGGACAGUGGACCAGCAAACUAUGCACCGAGGAUGAUUUCUGCCAAGAAAAGUCUGGAAAAGAGUCGUUACCGCCUCCAUUAUCUUGUUUGGCAUAAUAAACACCGGCAGCUUGAGAAGGAGCUCUCGGCGAGUGAGCAGGUGGACGUGGAAGCAUCAGACCCUCGCGGACGGACCCCUCUGCACCUGGCCGUAACUCUCGGGCACCUGGAGUGCGCCCGCGUAUUGCUGCAGUAUGGCGCAGACGUCAGCAAAGAGAACAGCAGUGGCUGGACAGUUCUGCAGGAGGCCAUAAGCAUGCGCGACCCUGAGCUGGUGCGGCUAGUCCUGCGUCACCGGGACUAUCAGCGCACCAUUAAGAGACUGGCUGGGAUCCCCCGUCUGCUAGAGAGGCUGCAGCAGGCUCAGGACUUUUACGUGGAGAUGAAAUGGGAAUUUACAAGCUGGGUGCCACUGGUCUCUCGCAUCUGUCCAAGCGACACGUACCGUGUGUGGAAGAGUGGCCAGUGCCUGCGAGUGGACACUACUCUCAUGGGCUUUGAGCAGAUGACAUGGCAGAGAGGCAACCGCAGCUUCAUCUUCAGGGGCCAAGACUCCAGCGCCAUGGUCAUGGAGGUGGACCAUGACAGGCAACUGGUGUUCUGUGAGACUCUGCCCAGCCUUCCCCCAUCACCCUCUUCGCCCUACUCACACACACACCCCGCUGCCCUCAGCCUGCUGGCAGCACUGCACCCCAGCGAUGAGCAGGUAGCUGCUCGACUCUCUGCCCCCAUGGUGACCACACAGCUAGACACCAGGAACAUCUCUUUUGAAAGAAACAAGACAGGCAUUCUUGGCUGGCGCAGCGAGAAGACGGAGGUGGUGAAUGGGUACGAGGCCAAGGUGUACUGCGCCUCUAACGUAGAGCUCAUCACCCGAACACGGACUGACCACCUUAGUGAGCAGCACAAAGCCAAACCCAAAGGCAGUAAAACCCCUCUGCAGUCUUUCCUGGGUAUAGCAGAGCAGCACAUGGGGCCAAACAACAGCCAAACACAGGUGACCCAGAUGUCAAGCCCUGUGAGGAACCCCGGGGCCCUGACAGCAGAGGAAUACUUUAACCCCAGCCUCUGUACCAACCACAAAGACAUCGGCCAGCCAUGCCACCUCACCACCAAAAUACAAAGGUUUAAGGCCAAGUUGUGGCUGUGUGAGUCGCAUCCUCUGUCCCUGGCCCAGCAGGUAGCACCCAUCAUAGACCUCAUGGCCAUCUCCAAUGCCCUGUUUGCCAAGCUCAGGGACUUCAUCGCCCUGCGCCUGCCUCCUGGCUUUCCUAUCAAGAUAGAGAUCCCUAUCUACCAUAUCCUGAACGCCCGCAUCACCUUUGGUAACCUGAACGGCUGCGAGGAGGGGGGAGCGGGCCAAACGGAGGGGGCGAGAGAUGGGCAGAAGGACAGCCCCAGGACAGAGACACCGUCCCCAGGCAGUGACUCCUCCAGUGUGUCCAGUUCCAGCUCCACCAACUCGUGUCGUGGGGGUGAGAUUCCACCUUGCGUGUUUGAGGCUCCGCGAGGCUACAGUGUCCUCGGUGGGAGCCAGCGAGAGAGCAUGCGUGAGGAAGAAGAUGACCUGCUACAGUUUGCCAUUCAGCAGAGUCUACUGGAAGCUGGCUCUGAGUACGACCAGGUAACGAUCUGGGAGGCUUUGACAAACAGUAAGCCAGGAACUCACCCACUCUCCUGUGAUCCCAGUCGCCUGGAAAGAACUCCACAGCAUAAGACCAGCCCCGUGGCAAGUCCUCGCAGCACCCCCACCAAUAAGCCACCACGCAGCUAUGAUGAGCAGCUCCGACUAGCAAUGGAGCUGUCUGCACGGGAGCAGGAGGAGGCGGAGCUCCGACAACAACAAGAGGAAGAGGAAUUCCAGCGCAUCAUACAGCUGUCACUCAUGGAGAAGUGACAGGAAUCUGAGCAAGUAGAAAUCUAGAGGCAGGAGAGCGUGCAGAGCAACACGCCAAUGAGAAGUGCGAUUUUUCUCCUCUCCUAUGUCCAGCCCCUCCUCCUCCAGCAACCUGCCUGAGGCAGCAGUGGCUUUACUGUCUCUGGCCACUUUUCUACAAGUUUACAACCACAAGCUGUUCAGCUCAUGGGCAAUCAACUAUUAGGCACUAGACCGGUGUGCUGCUACUCAGCAAAUGUGUGUAUGUUCAUUUAUUUACUUAUAUUUAUUUUGGAGGACUAAGUGAGGCUGUAGCUGCGUUGCAGAUUACAGUAUCUCUUGUAAAGCCAUCAGCCAUUCACACCCUCCCAGACUCCCCACCGCUGAGAACACACAAGUUCUGACGGCGCAAGGUUUACAAAACUGUACUGCAUUACUUUUUACAGAAGUGGUAGAUUUGAGUUUCAUUUGCACAAAUUUUGAUUGCACUGUAGUAGAAAGCAAAAGGAUGAGCUGUGGUGAUCGUUAAUGGAAUGUGUACAUGUAGGAUAUGUUGGUCUCUUGUGACAUUAAGCUGGACAGUUGGCAGCUAUUCUCUGUGCACGAUGGGAACAGCAUGUCUUAAUUUUGUCACCUCAUGCCUGUAUAAUUUCAUUUUAUUUGUAUGAGAGAAAGCACGUUUUUAUCCAGGUGUUGCAGGAUUGCUUCAUAAUUAAUAGGUGUGAAUAACGUAGUAUGAAAUUAGUGACAGGCUUACACCUUUUUUCAGGUCUUUAAGUGGGCUAAUUUGAGGUAUAAUCAACAAUGAAUCAGAUCCUCACUGCAAUAUUUAGAUUUUAUGUCAUAAGCUUAAUACUGAACAGUUCAGAAGCAUACAUUAUAUUGUAUGUAUCAUACUUAAUAUGGUGCUAUGUUAGUCGUUCCUCUCAUUUUUAUUAUAAUCAAUGUAAUUUUCCUACAAUAUAUUCUUGUGUUUGGAUUGAACAUCUAAGCUUUCUUCCCAUCUCGGUUUUAAUUUUUGGCUUCCUUACAGUGCUUCCCAACCCAGUCUCUUAGAACCCCCAGUGAGAUUAUUUGUUCUAUGUCAGCACUGGAGCACAUGAUUCAGCCUAUCACUGGCCUGACUGUCAGCAGGAAGGUCAGGUACACCAAUGCAAGAAGAAAAUUAAAGGGUUCGUUUCUCCAGAUAUAGCCUCAUCCAGGAUGACAGAUAAUAUCUAAUUGAAUCUAAUUGAAGUUUGUCCCCUUAGUCUGAAAACCUGGGUCUAAGCGACUGGCAAGAGCUGUUUAAUUACUUUGUAACCUGAAUAGUACAAUUAAAGAUAUGGCCAUACACCAUUCCUCACUUCACAUGGAACUUUGAACUUCAGUAACAUAAGAUGAGUUUCUUUUUAAGCACAAUUUUAAAUAUAGAAGUUGCGCUCCAUGAUUUAUAUCCAAUCAAAGUGACCAAAGGGCUGUCCAGCAGUAUAGAAGUUAAAGUGAUGCGUGUAUUGGUGUGUAGUGUAGAGCGUUAUGGAUAUGGUACCAGUGAUUAUAAGGAUUAAGUUGUAUAGAAAUGCUUGAUGUGAUUCAAUGUUUGAAUAUCAUAAUUAUUAAAACUACACAAAUAUUUCCGUUUUUAUUUGCACCUGAUAUGAACGUGGAGUAUCUUUAUGGUGUUUGUAUGACGUGAUGGAAUUGCCUACAAUGAUGCUGCUCAGAUUUGUAACUCAAAAAGAUAAUAAAAAAAGAAAACAAUAUUUCAUACUGAGUGGAAAGUCUAACUGGAUAAUGACAGUAAUAUUUGUGAAGUUGAACCACAGUAUGGUGGAUAUCAAUUAGAAAAAAGACACAACUAUAUUAAGUCCACUUAUUAAAUGAAUUUAUUUAUUGAUUUUUUGUGCAUUUCUCAGUUCAGACCCAGAUCAGGAUUGUACUUUUCCAGAGCAUUUCAUCAAAGAUGAGAAUACUGAUGUACUUAAAUAGUUAACACAAAAUAUAAGAACAUCAACUACUACCCC